UUUUAUGACUCAUUGCUAAACGCUGUGAGUUCAUAUUGCAUGGAGGAAUACUACCUCGUCGUUCUCGUCUCAGCUCCUAUCUCUUCUAUUCCCCUGCUUUCUUUCUCCUUCAGACGUGACCCCAAUGUACACACGCACAGAGAGAGCUAUGUACAGGUACACAAGAGCGUACAUACAGAUUGUAGUAACUCAUUGCAGAAAAAGCUCUACCCCUGGAUACUCGGAUCCGAAUAGCCCUAGAUAGAUAGAUAGAUAGGUAGAUAGAUAGUUAGAUAGAACGAGGGAUAGAGAAAGGAGAAACAGGGAGAACAAUUAAAGCCUCAUAUUUCCAAUGGUAUGUAAAGGAACUAAUCUUCAAUGUACUAGAUCCCACUUCCUUUUCACCCGAAAACUCAAGGCCCUCCACAAUCUCCACAUCGGGAAUUGAUUCCCCGGGACUCGUCAGCUGAAACGAAUUAGCAGAAGGGUAAGCUAUUUACCUAGUUAGGCUUUCCUCUCGCCGCGACAGAGAAGGAGGGGUAUGCAAGGGGUCUCUGGCACGCGUGGUAUGUGGUCAGUGAUUGGCAACAGAAUAAGAACUAGGACAAAUGAUAGGGCUCCGUCGGCAUCAUGACAACUAGCGUGCGAGAGCCAAUAACACACGGAUGGCAGAGUGGCUGUGCCUGUAAGGACAAAAGUUCCCUCAAAGAGAGUUAGUUCAUCAUGCGAGAAAAUAA